GUCGGAAACCACUUCAUUUAUUAUAACUUAUUUACAACUUCCCGUCGUUAUAAAGUAACGGUGAACAUUUAAUGCUGUCAAGACUAUGUACACAAUAGAUCCACUCGACUGGGCUGAAGGUCUAGAAUCGAUGGCCAUAUAUAGCAGAGACGAAACAUUAAUACAGGAGUUGAAGACAAGCAAGUAUGUAAAGACAAACAUCCCCGGUCCCGGUUGUGACAUGGACGAAUUCGAAACCCAAAUCCUCGGCUGUCAGUGUGACAACAACAUUUGUCUUGAAAUGUGUCCAUGUAUCGUCAGAUAUGGCAGGAUUUAUGAAAACGGGAAAAUUAUUCCGUCACUCAUUGACGGUAAAAACAUGGUGCCCAUAUUGGAAUGCAAUAUUCGGUGUAAAUGUCCAUCCGACUGUCAAAACAGGCUGAUUCAGAAAGGGAUAUCUAUUAAAAUGGAGGUAUUCCAUUCUGAAACAAAAGGACUUGGUUUGCGAACAUUAGACAACAUCUACCAAGGAAUGUUUGUUUGUGAAUAUGCCGGUGAAAUUAUAUCGUUUGAAGAGGCCAAACAGAGAACAAAGCGACAGACCGAGAGUGAUAUGAACUAUAUCAUAGUUGUUAAGGAGCACCACGGGACGGGUGUCAUGGUAACACACGUGGAUCCCACAUGUCGUGGGAAUAUUGGACGGUAUAUUAACCAUUCGUGUUGUCCUAAUUUAACGAUGGUACCUGUCAGGGUUAACUCGAUGGUGCCCAAGCUCUGUUUGUUUGCCACCAAGGACAUUCCUUCUCUUACAGAACUCACCUUUGACUAUGGACAUGCCAGUUCCACUACUAAUUCCGACAGUAUAAAGCCCCCACCAUCCACCAAGAAGUGUCACUGUGGCGCCCAUACCUGUAAAGGCUAUCUGCCGUAUGAGCCGCUUCUCUACAAUUAAAGUUAUGUAACAAACCUGGUUGAGUGAAACAUAGAGAGUUGUUUGAAUUAUUUGUUUCUUCGGUAAAAAAAAAUCCAUAACGAUUUAGUUUUAACUCUUAUUUAAAUUAAAAAGGUAAAAUAUGCAUACAUUAAGACAUAAAUGUACUAAAACCGGAUCUUAACGAUGAACCAAUUAUCGAGUGAGAAUUAAUUAUGUAACACUGUGCCUUAUACCAGGGUGAUCUACAUUGCUUUAUGCGCUCCAUAAAAGAUAACUUGGUAGUUUAAAAAGACAUGUUUAAUCUUGUUGACUUGUAUAGUGUUUUAUUCAAUACCAUUUUCGAAUGGCAAAUACAAAGAAGUAAUACAAAUAAAGUUUAAAGCUCCACCUGUGACUAUACACGAACAUUCAAGGUCUAUCAAC